AAAAGAAAGGAAAGAGAAGAGAGGAAAAGAAAAGAAGAGAGCUUCUGUGCAACUGAACUGAAGAGCGGCCGAUUUUUCUUCCUCUGUUUCCUUUGAAUGCUAUAAUCUAACUCUGACCCAUUAAACUUUAAUGUCUCUUCUUCCAUUCUAGCCAUUUUUUUCCUCUUCUUCUUUGGAAAAUCUUUUUGCCAUUUUCAUUUUGCUCUCUGCUGCUUCAUCGCCUCUUUUUGCUACUUUCGAUUCUUCUUCCAUUGCAACUUUUGUGUUGAUGAUGAUGAAUACCGAUGCAGAAGAAGCGUUUUGAGAGGGUUAUUAGAGGGAAAUUGUGUUGAUGAUUCACUGAUUUUUGGGGGUUGGAUCUUGAGAGACAUGGAAAAGGAGGAAAUAGGUCAGAAGAGUAAUAAAUCUGGUGAAACAGAUUUUCUGUUGCAGUGGGGGAACAGGAAGAGGAUGAGAUAUAUGAAAGUUAAAGAACCACAAAGAAUUACUAGUAAACCCGAUUGUUUGGGAAAGAAGAAAGUUUCCUCUAAAGGGGAUCGUCGUGUUGUUACAGCUGAGAAAGCUUCAUCUACUCAACAAACUCAUCGCCUUAACAAGAGCAUUGCUUCACCAACUGACAAUCAAAGAACAACCAUAACAUCACCAGAAAAGGAAGAUCGAUACUAUACGACAAGGGGUUCGAUGGGUGUGGAUGACAAAGUCUCAAUGGACCACCCCAUGGGAAACGACCGAAAAGGGUUUGUCUGGCCAAGGCUCUAUAUUUCUCUAUCUAGCAAGGAAAAGGAAGAAGAUUUCAUGGCCAUGAAAGGGUGUAAACUUCCUCAAAGACCUAAGAAAAGAGCCAAAUUGUUACAGAAAAGCUUAGUUCUGGUGAUGCCAGGUUCAUGGCUGUCAGACUUGUGCCAAGAAAGGUAUGAGGUGCGGGAAAAGAAGACUUCAAAAAAGAGACCCAGAGGAUUGAAGGCCAUGAGAAGUAUGGAAAGUGACUCAGAAUGACUGAAUCAAUAAGAGACAAAAAUAGACAUAUUGGAUAGAAAUAACCUCUUGUUUAUUGAUAGCCAUGUUUUGAAGAAAAGGAGGAGAGUGGACUUUUGGGGUUCUUUUGGGGGGUAAAUUUACAGAAUUGAGAUGAUGUAAUAUAAGUCACCUAAUUUCUUUUCUUUAGUGCUAUUUGAUUGCUAAUUGGUUAAGUGAGUGAAUUUAAAUUGGUAGAAAUCAUUUUACUUUUUGCUCUUUAUUUCUUGGGUUUUGAUGUUUGUAGUUUUAGCUUUCUUCCUUUUCAAGUUAUGGGUUGCUUCAAACUUUUAUGUAGUACCUUACCCCACAACCAUUUGUUUAAAUUCUUUUUUUUAAUAAAGGGUGUGUUUGUAGUUCAUAGGUUUAAA